CCAACACUGGGAAGGAAGGAUGGGAGCAUAGAGAUUGUCUGGAACAACUCUAGAGAAAGGGCUCAAGGUCAGAAGCGCCAGGACGUCCUCUAAUGUGAGAAUGAACGUCGCACAACCUCUGACCCGCACCUGACUUCAGGCCACUGAGCAAAUAGCUAGAGCUGCUUCUGCUCGGUCCCGCCUACAGCCAACAUUUUAUCCAAUCACAGCUUGCAGCAAGACUGAUGUGUCUUUUCUCCAAUCAUCGCUGAGAAUGGGAAGGGGUUGUCGGGAUGGGGCCAUAGCGAACAUGGAACCCUCGGUAGGAUAAGUGUGAGAUUGCCGUUGCUGGCUGCCCCUAUCUUAUUGCCUCAACAUGUUGGUGCACUUAUUUCGGUUCGGAAUCCGGGGUGGCCCAGUUCCAGGAUGGUCGCUACAAUCCCUGCGCUUCCAGACGUUCUCUGCCGCCAGGUCCUCAGAUGACCGGCUCAGCUCACACCUCCUGCGGACUGUAGCCCAGCUCCGUGUACAGCUCCGGGCUCACCUCCCUCGAGCCCCACCAGCUUCCCACUGGAGCCCCUCUGCCUGGUGUUGGGUUGGGGGGACCUUGGUGGUCCCUGCAGUCCUGUGGCAGCAUCCACGCCUCUGCCUUAUAGCACUAUGUGAGGCCAAAGAGUCCCCUCCUGCCCAGCCCACACGUGCCCCAGAGCUGCGCUUUAAUUGGAAGCUCUUCUGGCAUUUCCUUCACCCCCACCUGCUGGCCUUGGGGGCAGCCAUUGUGCUGGCCUUAGGUGCGGCACUAGUGAAUGUGCAGAUCCCCUUGCUCCUGGGCCAGCUGGUGGAGAUUGUCGCCAAGUACACGAGGGACCACAUGGGGAGUUUCGUGUCUGAGUCCCGUAAGCUCAGCGUCCAGCUGCUCCUACUGUACGGUGUUCAGGGACUGCUGACCUUUGGAUACCUAGUGCUGCUGUCCCACAUUGGCAAGACAUUGCUUUCUUUGAUGCCAAAAAGACAGGGCAGCUAGUGAGUCGCUUGACUACUGAUGUGCAAGAAUUCAAGUCAUCCUUCAAGCUUGUCAUCUCCCAGGGACUGCGCAGCUGCACCCAGGUGAUUGGUAGCCUGGUGUCCCUGUCUAUGCUGUCCCCUCGCCUUACCCUGAUGCUGGCUGUCGUCACACCCGCCCUCAUGGGAGUGGGCACCCUGAUGGGCUCAGGCCUCCGAAAGCUGUCUCGCCAGUGUCAGGAGCAGAUUGCCAGGGCAACAGGUGUAGCAGAUGAGGCCCUUGGCAAUGUUCGGACUGUGCGGGCCUUCGCGAUGGAGAAGAGGGAGGAGGAACGCUAUCAAGCAGAACUGGAGUCAUGCUGCUGUAAAGCAGAAGAACUGGGCAGGGGCAUCGCCUUGUUCCAAGGGCUCUCCAACAUCGCUUUCAACUGUAUGGUCUUGGGCACCCUGUUCAUUGGGGGCUCCCUUGUGGCUGGACAGCAGCUGAAAGGGGGAGACCUCAUGUCCUUCCUGGUGGCUUCCCAGACAGUACAGAGGUCUAUGGCCAGCCUCUCUGUCCUGUUUGGUCAGGUGGUACGUGGGCUGAGUGCGGGAGCCCGAGUCUUCGAAUACAUGGCCCUGAGCCCUGUCAUCCCAUUGACCGGGGGCUACUGCAUCCCCAACAAGGACAUUCGUGGUUCCAUCACCUUCCAAAAUGUCACCUUCAGCUACCCCUGCAGACCUGGCUUCAAUGUGCUCAAGGACUUCACCCUGAAGCUGCCCUCUGGCAAGAUUGUGGCUCUUGUGGGCCAGUCUGGGGGAGGAAAGACCACAGUUGCCUCCUUGCUGGAACGCUUCUAUGACCCUGAAGCUGGCUCGGUGACGUUGGAUGGGCAUGACCUGCGAACUCUCAACCCCUCCUGGCUCCGGGGCCAGGUCAUAGGUUUCAUCAGCCAGGAGCCAGUCCUGUUUGCAACAACCAUCAUGGAGAAUAUCCGAUUUGGGAAGCUGGAUGCUUCCGAUGAAGAGGUGUACACAGCUGCACGAGAAGCCAAUGCCCACGAGUUCAUCAGCAGCUUCCCCGAUGGCUACAGCACUGUGGUUGGUGAGCGGGGCACAACCUUGUCUGGUGGCCAGAAGCAGCGCCUAGCCAUCGCACGUGCCCUCAUCAAGCAGCCCACAGUGCUGAUCCUGGACGAGGCCACCAGUGCGCUAGAUGCAGAAUCCGAGAGGGUGGUACAGGAGGCCCUGGACCGGGCCAGUGCUGGCCGCACCGUGUUGGUCAUUGCCCACCGGCUUAGUACUGUCCGUGCAGCCCACUCCAUCAUUGUCAUGGCCAAUGGCCAAGUCUGUGAGGCUGGGACCCACGAAGAACUCCUUAAAAAAGGCGGGCUCUAUUCAGAGCUUAUCCGGAGACAAACCCUGGACGCCUCACUGACCUCAACCCCUCCUGCAGAGAAGCCUGAAGACCCCAAAAGCUGCCAGUCCAAAGCCUGAGAGGCCCCCUGGGGUCAGGUCACUGCAAGACAUCAGUCUGAGGCUGGAGCUCUGCUGGGGACAGAGCCCUUGGAAGGCCAGUGUGCUGGAGUGUGGCCUGCACUACUGCCCCCUUAAAGGAGCUGGGCUCAACAGCUGGGGUGGGAAAUGGCUCUCCGCCCACCUGCUCUGACCAUCCUGACUCAGCUCUGUGGUCACGGGAUGUACACAGUGAGACAGAGUCCCUGGACACCUCUGCUUGACCCUCUCAGGCUGGCCUGGUUCUGCCCAACACUCAGUUGUUUGGGCCCUCACUCCAGGAGACUGGCCAGGCCUGGUAGAAUGGGUUGUAAUCCCAGCACUUGGGAGACAGAAGUGGGAGGGUCAAGAGUUCAAGGCCAUCCUGGGCUAAAUAGUGAGACCCUCUCUCAACAAAAAGAAAAACCUAAAUAAAGAGGAAAAAUUUUCAAAGAGGCCGAGGCUGUAGCUUAGUAGCAGAGUGCGUGCCUGCCCUAUGUGAGGGGCCUAGACAUAAUCCUUAGUACUGCAAAUAAGAAAUAAAACCCAGGGUUGGAGUGUAACCUCAGACUAGGCUCUGCCUCACCACAAGUAGGACCGCACACCCCCAGCUUUAUUCUUGCAUCCGCAAUGCAUCUCUUGGUCCGUUCUCCACACAGUCAUCCUGGUUUCUAGCAGAAUGAAGUGGUAGUGGUCAUUAUACAAGAAGCACCCGGCCAGGCGUGGUGGCGCACGCCUUUAGUUCCAGCACUCGGGAGGCAGAGGCAGGUGGAUUUCUGAGUUCGAGGCCAGCCUGGUCUACAGAGUGAGUUCCAGGACAGCCAGGGCUACACAGAGAAACCCUGUCUCGAAAAACCAAAAAAAAAAAGAAGCACCCAGCCUGCCAGGCUGUGCUGUUUGCCUCAUUCAGACUUGGUAAAACUACAGAGCCAAAGGCGAGACACUGGAGAGGCUGCUGCUGCACCAUGUGUACACACAGACACAGUGCCAGUAAGAUGGGAGCUAGCAGCAGGAGGUCAUCCUUGGCUACACCAAGGUUGAGGCUAGCCUAGCCUUUGUGAGAGUCUGCCCCAAAGGUGGAAAGCACAAUUGCUAUGAAAUACAGUGUGAGGCUGAUAGGAAUAAUGUAAGCUUCAUGGAAGUGGUGGGAUGGUGGCCUUGCCUUGAAAGCAGGCAGCCUGUGGUCCCAAAGCUAAAGCCGCUAUUGGCUUCUCAGGUGUUGAGGACCCUGUAGACUGCACCUGUGCUCCCAGAGCGUCAGCACUUUGUCUCAUGCUGCUGCAGAGGCCUUGAUCCACUUCACUUAGGCCCAGAGGGUGAUGAUCCCUACCCUUGGUACUGUAGGUCCCUUCCCCGAGAAUCCAUCCCUGGCCAGCCACAUCCAGGUUGUAGGACUCUGUGCAAACCAGGGAAUGGAUCAGGGGAGGGGGGCUGUAACUGCAGGGCCAGACAAGAAUUUUGUAUGUUUCAUGUGGCAAAGGAUGGCAUUGUCUUCCAAGAGUGAUUAGUGCAGAGGACAGAAACAGCUGCUAUUGGGAGCUUAUGUAGGACCACAUAUACUGCUGUGGGGACAAACAACCCAAGAACCCUAGUCCAUAGUGCCCUGGUUUAGUAUCAUCCUGGAAUGUGACAGCCUGGGAAGCUGACUUCUGGGGUAGCUUCCGUUGCCUAGCCACAGCACACACCCCAACCCCCAACAAAUGCAGCUUAGAGCAGGGCCUCUGCUUUCCAUAGGCAUGUCCCUCUGCCUGGCCCUACCCUACCCUUUAUCCACCUGAGGCAUAAAAUCUCUCUCAUGGAGCAUCCAGCCCAUUGGUUCCACACGCACACAGUCAUCGGGCUACAGUGCACCCACAAAUUCUCUAUCCCCUGACAGCCACAAGAUGACUGCCCACCAGGGAAGGGACCCUAUGGUCAGUAGCUGGCGAGCCCAGCCCUGUGGGUAUGUUCACCCAGUCACCCUGGCCUGGCUUUCCCAGCCCCUCAGUAGAGUACAGCUUGGCUACACUUGCUCUUAAAAGCUUCUUCCAAAAGUUAAGUGGCACAUAUUGGAAUCCCACCCCUAAGCCCCAGACAGUGGUCACAUCUGUGCCAUAAGCCCUUCUAGUCACCUGUCCUCCCUAAGAUCUUACUUGCCUAGUCUUUGCCAUUAAGCCUGGGACCUUUCCUGAAACUAAGGCCCGAGUGCUUGUUAGGAGGAUCAGUGUCCAUACAGCCAAACCCAGCACAGUGUGACCGCCACUCAUGGCCAGAAGCCACCAGGAUGAACCUAGCAAUCUCCAGUGCUUUUCAAAGACAUGGGGCCAGUGAUACUAUUGCUCAACAAGUGGAAAACCUGCUGCCAAACCUAAAGACUUGUGGAUGAGCAACUCCCAAAAAGUUAUCCUCUGACCUCCAUAUGUGUUGUGACACACCUACCCAAUAAACAAAUAAAUAGUAAAGCAGCAGAAAAGAAAAUGCCAAUAAUGGAUUUGUCUGAUUACUCUUGAGCAUACAAGAUUUUGCCCAAUUCCUAGGUACAUAAGGGUAGAUGAGACUUUACCCAUGACUAACUAACAUGACAGUGAUAGGAACCAGGCCUUGCACUGUGCAGAUGUCCUUAAGCUACUGGCCCCUCUUGUCGGAGUCCCUUGUACUCCUCCAAGCCAGCUAGCACUGAACUUGUGGGUGGCUUCCCCAGCACUGGAAGUAUACAAAUCCCAUCCCCAAAGCUCUCUCCUCAUCUUCCUUUCUGCAUUCCUGGAAGUGGCUCUAGGACUUGGUCACAUGCUGCCUUUGCCCCAUGCAGGACAGAGUGCAGGGAGAUGACUCAGUGGCCUGGAGUCCCCUCCAGGCAUAUUCCCUAAUCAAGACUAAUAGGAAUGCAAAAUGGCAUCCCUGCUAUUUAAGUGGGAGUGGGGGAUCUGAUGACAUUUAUCAAAUUAGUAAGGCAGUGCCUUCAACCCAGAAACUCUUUUCGCUGUGUAGCCCUGGCUGUCCUGGAACUCACUCUGUAGACCAGGCUGGCCUCGAACUCAGAAAUCCGCCUGCCUCUGCCUCCCAAGUGCUGGGAUUAAAGGCAUGAGCCACCAUGCCUGGCCCCAACCCAGAAACUCUUUCAGGGAGUUUCUCUAUGAUGUCAAUAGCAAACCUGGUAUUGAAAAGCUGGAAACUCCGGUGGUUAUCAGAGAAGACAUAGUUAUAAGACAGCACUCCAUAUGGACUAGGACAAGUAAUGAGGGUGCUUUCCGGGUUCUGGAGCUCAUGAUCCCCAGAAUAUGUUCAUUAA